AUGUUUACGCAUGAGAUGGAGUCGUCAAAGAAAGUACUCGUCACCGGUGGAAGCGGCUUCUUGGGAGGACACGUAGUCCGACAACUACUCAACGAUGCAGAAACAACAGUCGCCAUCGUCAGCCGUCAUCCCAAGAUGCCAGCUGAUGUUGCUGACGAGUCUCGGGUCUCCCUUCAUGCGGCCGACUUGACCAUACCGAGCCAGAUUGAACAGGUCUUUGAGACGUUCAGCCCGCAUGCCGUUAUUCAUACAGCUUCGCCAUCUUAUAUCGACACACCUACGAAUCUGAUAAAGGCAAACAUCAAUGGCACGAAAGCGUUACUGAAAGCUGCGUCGGCUUGUGCCGACACACGCGCUUUUGUGUUUACAUCCUCUGAUUCAGCUGUUAUACCUACACAAGAACCUCUAUCCGAAGGGGAUUCUGUUCUGUAUGAUGAGACGAAUGCUCCGAAUACUUACGCAAUGUCAAAGGCUGCCGCUGAAAGACUCGUCAUUGCUUCACAUUCAGAAGGGCUUUGGGCUGCAGCUAUACGAAUACCAGCCACAUAUGGCGAAUACGACAUGAACCUCGUGCGUCAGCUCGUGCAAAGCAUUCGAAGAAAAGAACACAAAAUGCAAGUUGGCAAUGAUACAAAGGUAUUCGAGUUCUUGUACGUCAAGAAAGCGGCUGAGGCACAUAUCCUCGCCAUGAAAGCCCUUCUUGACCCAGAAACACGGGAGAAAGCUGGUGGUCAGGCAUUCUUCGUCUCAGACGAAAGACCACAGAAAUUCUUUGACUUCUCUCGGAAGUUAUAUGCAGCAGCUGGAUAUCCUGUUGCAUCGGAGGAGGUUACCAAGAUUCCGUUCUUUGUGAUGCAGGCGAUGGCGUCGACGGCUGAAUGGGUUUAUUGGAUUAUGACAUCGGGAUACAUCAAGCCUGCCAUGCGAAGGAGUGCUAUUGAUCAUCUUGACUCUGGGUGCUGUUGGUCACUGGACAAAGCGAAGGGGGUGCUGGGAUAUGAGCCUGUUGCGGAUCAGGAUGAAGCUAUCAGGAAGACUAUGGAAUGGGGAAUAAAAGCUUUGUGA